CUGUCGGAGUCUGUGGAGGAUCUGUGGCUUUGCGCGUUCCCGUGAACAUUCUCGUGAGCAUCUCGCUAGGUCGUUAGCGGCUUAGCUGGAAUUUAGCACAAGACGAGGCGAAAUCAGCUGGCUAACUAGCCAGCCCAUAACGGAGGAAGAGGCGGCAGACCUGACGGAUUCACCGCGUUGAUAAAUGCCAUAGGUCUCAACAUGGUCUGUGGUGGAUUUACUUGCUCAAAAAACGCCCUGUGUUCCCUCAACGUUGUUUACAUGUUAGUAGGGCUGCUCCUGAUUGGUGUAGCAGCAUGGGGGAAGGGCUUCGGGAUCGUGUCCAGCAUCCACAUAAUUGGUGGUGUGAUUGCAGUGGGCUUCUUCCUGCUGCUCAUUGCCAUUGUGGGACUCAUUGGAGCUGUCCAUCACCACCAAGUCAUGCUUUUCUUUUACAUGGUAAUUCUGUUCAUAGUGUUUCUGUUCCAGUUUGGUGUGUCCUGCUCUUGCCUGGCUAUGAAUGAAGGACAGCAGGAGACUUUGCUGAACUCCACCUGGGGGAUGAUGAGCAACAAAACCAAGGGGGACUUGGAAACCAAGCUGAACUGCUGUGGCCUCUUCAACAGCACUCUGAACCGUGUGCAGUUCGACGCUGACUUGGCCAUCUGCACUGCUGACUGUAAGCCCAAGGGCAACUGUUUGACCUGCGGUGAGAAGAUGCUGGAUCACGCGUCCGAGGCGCUGAGAAUCCUAGGAGGAGUGGGUCUCUUCUUCAGCUUCACAGAGAUUUUGGGAGUUUGGCUAGCCAUGCGUUACAGGAACCAGAAGGACCCACGGGCGAACCCCAGCGCCUUCUUAUAGUCCCCCGUCCUUUUCCCAUCCCUCGAGGCCAUAGCGUAGACAAGCGAUCCCACUUUUUCCCUCUGCACACCUCGACCGGAAAACACCCGCGGGCCGCCGGGCGUCCAGCGCGGUCUCUGCCCCACCGAGCACUGAGCAGCACGGGGAGAGCACAGCUUCAACACACCAUCUCACACAUCUGCACAGAGCUCUGAAGCAUUACUGUACUGGCACCAGAGCGCUGGAGCACAGCAUGGGCAAAGUUUAAAAAAAGAAAAAAAAAGUGCUAAACGUCUAUUUCCGUUGUAGAAUCUGGUCUGUCUGUCCUUUUUUUUUUUUUUUAAUUUAUUUUUUUUCCCUCCCCCUUCUUGUUCUUUCCACCUGAAGGUGAGUGCAGUGGUCUCACCGAGAAGAGCCGGAGCUGGAUAUCUCAUGUAUGAUAGGAUGGGUGUGUGUGUGUGUGUGUGUGUGUGUGUUUGUGUUUGUGUUUGUUUGUUUGUGUCGCAGUGGCCAAUCCCAUCUUCAUGGCCCUGGCUCCAUCCUUGAUUUGAGCGGCUCGUCCUGGACUCUGUGUGCUAACUGGGAUGCACCAGCGUAAAGGCACCGGCGGCUGCGUGUCCCGUAGACAUACGCCACAGCUGCUGGCUGGAACCCGGUCCGCUCGCUUCCGUAGCAACGGCUCUCUGUGAAGCAGAUCUUUAGUCCUGUAGCCCCUGUACUUUUACUGUUGCUGUAAGUCACCACACUAUUCUGGCUUCGCUGGUAGCAUAUGCAUCUUUGCAUCCUUAGUUGUUGAUGAGCUUGUUGACUUCGGUUCUGUCGUAACGUUCCAUGUUCAAAUUGCGACAUCCACUCCAGUCUGGUGUAAACAAACGUGUGCCGAACUUGUAUUCUACGCUUUCGAGAUGCGUCUUGGUGAGGUGAUGUACUGAUCUAGAUGUGGUGGGGGGGAGGGGGGCGUGGCGUUUUAGUUUAGACGUUAGAAUUUUAGUGUGAAUAUUUAAGGACCUCGUGUAUCUGAGCCACGUGGUUGGAAGGAUUCCUCUGCCAACGGACUGCAGCCGUGUGCGUGUGUUUGUGCGUGUGCGUGUGCGUGUGUGCGCGUGUGUGUGUGUGUGUCGAGAUGGUGUAGGUUUACUCAUGCACACUUCACGCCCUCCCCCAGCUGACCUCUGUUUCAGCCGUGCGAAUCCCACUGAGAUUCUACCCUUCAGGCUUGUUGCGUUUCGUGGUAUUACUCACGAAUAUUGUGUGAGGCUUUAUUUUGUAAUAUUGUGACUUCCAGGCUUGCUUUCUUAUUAUUAUAUAUUGCCAUCAUUGUACACUGAUAUCUUCUCACUUGCCUUCUAAGAGAGAGCCAGUGUGUGUGCGCGCAUUAAGCAUAUUGUAAUUCCAGCUGAUCAGAACGGCUUUACUUUUGAAUAUUUUGCCAUAUGCCUUCUGCUGUUUCCAAGGGGUAGAAUGUUGCAUUCAAUAUGUUGUUUCUCUAGUAACUUUUUUUUUUGUCCGUUUUUUCACCACCUAUGUUUUGUGUGUGUUGUUUGCCAAACCUUUAAAUCACAUGCUAAUUUAUGCGCAUUUCCUUCUUUUGAAUUUAAAAGUAUUAAGUUUGCAAUUUGUGUUUUUGUUUUUUUGGCAAAGAAUUAUUUUUAAGUUAUUUGUAUGUAUUACAUUCAAGUUGUCAUUAAGUUUGCUGAUCUACCUUUGUAUGCUAGCUUGUAUUUUGCUGGUAUUUGGUUAGGAAUGUCAUAGACACUUUCAGUCUUAAUUCUCUCAGUUCCCUAACUGAUUAAAUCCAGGUGUACUUCUAACUGCAACUUGAUCACUGGUUCUUGAAACCUGUAUGGAUAAGAGGUAAUUUUUAAAGUCUCAUUUCAAUUGCCGUAACUAGGAUGCACUGAGUUCAUGUCUUUUUAAUAACAGAUUGUUAUAGUACUGGUACUGUGGUUUUGUGAAGUUAUUCUAAAAGCAUUCACCUAAUAUUCAUGCACUAGUUAUAUAAUUUAUUUGCAUCAUGAGCAAUCAGUAACUCUGUAAACUUUGCACCUGCACCCUCUUCUCCUGGACUCCUUGUAUUUUUGGAACCGAUUUUUCCAAUUAAAACAUCUCGGAGCAAAA